AUGACGGCCGCUCCUAAACGACGCUUGGCCGCGUUGUCAAGGCAGCUUGUGGAGGGCAUCCCCUCCGAGGGCACGUUCGAGGAUAUCCCGCGUAUCAGACAUGUUGCAGAGUCGUCUACUGGACCGAGGGUAAAGGGAAAAGUCGUCAUUGUGACUGGUUGUAACUCACCCCUCGGAAUCGGCCGCGCUGCAGCACAUCAAUAUGCCCAAAAUGGCGCAAAGGCGGUGUUCAUCUGCGACUGGGCAGAUCAAUACCUGGAGACGCACAAGCGGGAAAUGGAGUCGCUCUACCCUGAAUGCAAAGUUCAUCCUGUGAAACUGGACGUUGGCGAUGAAGAGCAGGUGAAAGCAGUGGUGGAUGAUGCCAUAGCGAAAUACGGCCGAUUGGACAUCAUGUUUGCCAACGCUGGGGUGGUGGGAGUGCCCAACACAUUCGAGCACAUCACGGCCGACAAGUUUAUGGCUACAAUGCGUGUUAACACUCUGGGCGUGUUCCUCUGUGCCAAAUACGCUGCUAUCGCCAUGCAGAAGACGGGUCCUGAAAAGAAGUAUUCCGGAGGAAGCAUUAUCGGAACAGCAUCUGUCGCUGGACUGAGGUCCAACGCUGGCGGAACCGAUUAUUCGGCAAGCAAGGCUGCUGUGGUUUCCCUGGCGCAGACCAUGGCUUAUCAGCUGGCUGGUACGGGGGUGAGGGUCAAUGCUUUGUGUCCUGGAGUGAUAGAGACGGGAAUGACCAAGCCAAUGUAUGACCAGGCUCGCAGCCGAGGUACUGAGAGGAAGAUCGGUCAGCUAAAUCCUUUGCAACGAGGCGCCGUGCCAGAUGAGGUGGCUCGCGCCGCUCUCUUUUUGGGUAGUGAUGAGGCGAGUUAUGUUAACGGCCAAGCCUGGGCUGUGUGUGGCGGUCUCAGCGCUGGUCAUCCUUUUGUGCCAGGCAAACUGGCGUGA